GCAUAAUCAAAUAUAAACAAAUAUAACCAAGGUGUGCUACGCAUAAGCCGCAGUGUAACAUUCUGUGUGCCACGAUUUGGACUUCAGGCUAACUUCAUAAAGAUCAAAUGGCUCCAUUAUGGACAUGUCUAAUCCUUUGCGCUGGGGUAACACUCGGAUGUCUUAGUUUUGGCGGCGGCGGUCGCAUUGCUGGUAGCAGCAUAGAUGAUCAAGAAGAUGAAUGUCCAGACAUCAUUGAUCGGUCUGUAUGGCAUGCACGUGCACCAAAAGACACGACACGAAUGAAAAAUAUACCCAAGUACGUACUGAUUCAUCACGGCGGGACGCCUCCGGGCUGCACUAGCCAGAAAGAGUGUGAAAAGGUGAUCAAAAGCUAUCAAAAAACACAUAUGGUUGAUGAAGGCUGGGAUGAUAUCGCUUACCAUUUUCUUGUUGGCGAGGACGGUAACGUAUACGAGGGCAGGGGAUGGGGUGUCAACGGAGCACAUUCUGGUAGCACAUAUUACAACCUGAAUAGUUUAGGUAUUUGUGUAAUUGGGGAUUUCCGAAACACUGUCCCAAACCUUAAAGCGCAGAAAAAAGUGAAACAGUUGAUCUCCUGCGCAGUAUCUGAAAACAGACUGAAGAGCAAUUACAAACUGGGCGGACAUCGGGAUGUGAAUAAGAACACAACAUGUCCAGGACAAAGUUUCUACGAUCUCAUUAAAACGUGGGAUAGAUACUAUCUAUUACCUCAUAUGUAGUCAAUGAAAAGCUUUUUAAUUCAUUUUAUAAAGUUUGCAAAAGAAAAAAUAGUAACUUACAUGUAUCUUUGUUGCUUGGCCUUGCUACAUAUGUCAUUAUGUGUGUGUUUCCUCUACUUUUCAUCGGUUCAGUAUCGUAUGGUAGAUUUUACUGGCGACAGUACAUGUAGUUAAUUGUUAUUUUAGUUAAUAAUCACAGACCUCAACUCAAUUUACGUAAUAUGCCAGCAUUUUCUUCGAUGUACUUUCCAUGUCCGUUGACAGUUAUGUUCCAAUUUCCAUCACUAUUUGUUUUGCUGUGCAGCUCCUAGAUCACUAUUUCGUAGCUAUUUCUAUUGAAUCCGUGGUGAUAUUCAAUUCUGCAGCUUGAUUAACCAAGGACUUUCGGACUUUCUUGACUUCUUUACGUUUUCGUGUUUUUUAAUCUGACUUUCAGCGUGUGGUAAACAAAGCAAGCUUCUGGUUAUUCAACAAACUGACGGCAUUGACACGAAAUGUUCUAAAUAUGCUUACUUAACAACUAUCUGUUAGCCGCGGAAUGUGUAUUUUGUAAACAAAAUAUCGAGAUCUAAAUGCAAUUUUGUUGUUGUUGAUUUUUAAAACAAAAUGGCGACGUUUUGAUUUCAUGGACCUAAUCACCAAUAUUCGAUAUCAAUGUUCCUAAGUGUCCAUGGUAAUUUAGCGGAUGCAUCAUGUAACACGGUAGCCUAAAUAAAUCCGAAUUUCGUCAUAAGUAUUGGACUUAUUUGAACAUGUAAGCAUGUAUUAAACAUAAAAUUCGUCGAUCUUCACAAACAUAAAAUAAAAAGAAAAUUUGUUUGUUUUAGUGAGAUAUCGAGAUAUAUCUUCACCAAUAUUCAGAAAUGCCGCACGAUAUACAUUAAAACAAAAACAGCAUACUUUCCUUAAGUCGAACUGUGCGUCAUAAUGACUCUAAGUUUUAAUAUAAUAUUUCCUAAAUUUCGAUGCUAAAAGGAAAGAAAUGUGCAUUUUCUUCUUAUAUUGUCGUUAUCACCUUCUUUCAUGUAGAUUUUAAUAAUUAGUGUCAAUUAUGUCAAUUAAACAUUAAAAGAGAUAGCUUUCUCUAUCGGCCCUUGGAUCAAAUACUGGUGUAAAUUAAAUAUUACUCUCAGAUAAUAUUGUGAUACUUCAGGGUACAGUGACCUAUUUUACAGUAUGGGGGCUGUAAGCUAAACUGUAAUCUUAUUAUAAAGUUACAGACCGUUUUAAGUAAUUUGUUAUCUAAUUUGAUCUUUAAACUCUUGAUUUAGACCAGCAUCACAUAUUGUAUAAAUUUAUAUAAGCAAUAAUACUUGUUAAAUCACUAUAAACAGCUGACUUCCUGGUUUUGCAGACAUGCUGUUGUUGUUGUUCUUGCAAUGCAUUGUAGGUAGUUGUUUAGCAACUACUGCCUAGAUUGUGUUUACAUUGUUGUAUAUAGAAAUGUCAUUUAACUUAAAACAAAUAUACUUCCAAGAAACUCACUUAAAAGGAAUUUUGAUGUUAUAAUCAUUUAGGUUAUUAAUUUUUCUUUCUUUUCAUACUGAUACUUAUUAUGAUCUUUUAUGUUUUAAUAGAAAUAUUGACUUUUGUUUCCUAACUGUCUACCGUUCACAGUUUCCACAACUCCACAUUCUUUUGUGUGAAGCUGGGUUCACAUUUAUUUGUGUGGAGUUCACAUAUCCUCACACUUUUGAGUGUGUGCUUCCACACUUAUUUUUGUGAAGUCUGGGAGGUAUAAAUACUCCACUUUGCCUGUUUUCAGGGUUGACAAUCUUAAAUCUCUGGCCUUAAGCGGCUGUUAUACUUAAAAAUUCUAAAGGAAUAUUUAAAGAAGCUUCACAAAUUUUAUACAAAGAUUGUCUUACUUGAUGUGUUUUAUAGCUGCUGUAUUUUAAAUUUUGAUAAGCAUGUUAAACUCUUAACUGAAUAGAACUGCUAGUUUUCAUUGGAUCUACAUUAAUUUUAACUGUUACUCUUUUAUGCAUUAGAAGCUUACUGACAGUUAUCAAAAUUUACCAGUAGCUGGAUUUAAUAAUUACCACUAAUGAGUAUUAGUCCUGUUAGGUAAAAAUACUAUAUUAUCAUAUUAUUCUUGAAAUGUUUACAAUUUUAUGUGUGAAUUUCUGAAUGAUGUUUGUUGCUGAACAUAAACUGUUUCUGUUGAAAUUCUUAUUUUAAUAAAGUUUAAUAAACUAUA